GAAAGGCCUCGAUUCGUGUCAGAAUCCACGAAGAAGAAGGCUUUGCACGUUUAUCAUAUCACGAUGGAUUAAAUCAAGAAAAUAGAGAAUAUGGCAUCGCUAAAGAUUCUUAACAGAUGAUCCAAAACUGGUAUACUUGUCCAGGAAGAAUGAAACAUAUUUGUCUUCUCUACCUGGUAACUUUUUGUGUGAUUCUUCCAUUACUGUGUCACAGAAUGCAGUUCUCUCUUUAUAACCUCUAUGACAUGGAUACGAAAGAAGGCAGAGAUCAACUAAUAUCAGAAAACAACAUCAGAAUUAUGAUUGCACGACAACAUAAAAAGGUGUUGAAAGAAAUAUAUUCCAUACCACAGGACGGGACGUUGAAAAAAAAUGUUGACUUGGCCAUCACUGUGAUAACAACUGUCAGAAAUCCAAACAAUCUUGAAAACUAUCAACCUUUGUACCUCACUCAAGUUAUAUGGAAGUUUUUAUGGUUGAUAAAUCAGGCUAAAAUGUCAGGAUUUCGACCUAACGUUUUGUUAUCAGUAUGCAACGUAGAUGUAAAUCCUGACAGACAUCAAGAGGCUACAGAUCUUGUAUCUAUUAUUCCAGUUAUCAACAGAUAUGGAGAACACAGUUCAUUUCCAAAUGUGAACAUUUUUGAGAAAGAAAAACAAGAUUAUGUAUUUUGUUUGAAUUCCUCACUAUCGCGCAAUCCAAAGUUCGUGUUGCUGGUCGAAGACGAUGCCUAUCCCAGAGAUGAUAUUUUUCUGGUUCUAGAGCAUGUUUUCCAUCAACAUUUAUAUUUAAAGAUGACCGACUUGUCUUUUAGACGACACCAUCACACGCCUUAUAUAAACAAUAUAACAUAUAUUAAACUCUACCACCCAGAGAGGCUAUUGAGCUACUUUAGCCUUGAAYCAGACCGUUUAACUGAACUGUUUGGUACAAGUGCUUUAUUUGGGACAAUAUUAGUAAUUCUGUAUAGCCUCAUCAUAGCAAAGCUCCCUCAGUCUCGUAUCCAUAUAAUAUGGGGCUUUUUCGUGGUAUAUGUAGCGUUAGUUAUCAUAGCAAUAGGAAGACCACAUGUUGUUGAGUUGAGGCGUCUUUUUUCGCCAUAUUUAUACAGCUAUAUGAAUGCUCCUGAAUGUUGUACACCAGCCAUGUUAUUUCCACUUCGAGGAGCACAACAAGUUGUUGAUCAUCUUAACUCUCAUCCAUGUUAUCCUCGCAAUGCUAAAGACAGGGUUCUAGACCGGUUCAUAAAGACUGAACAUCGCCAUGCCUAUAUAGUACAACCAAAUCUAUUCAAACAUAUUGGACUUUUCUCCUCCUUAAGAGAAAAAUUUCUAAAUCCUUACGUAGUUAAAUAAUAUUGCUAGUACCAGGGUUGGAUCCAGGAAUGUGACAAGUAAUAGAUCAAAAACGAGUGCRAGUGUUUGAUCAAGGCAUUCAAACACCGAGAAACGGAUGAAAGCACAAGGAGUGCUAAAACUGGAAGCAAGGUAUGUUGACAAAUGAAGUGCUUUUAUUGAUUCAAGGUGUUUGGAUGCCCUGAUCAAACCGACUAAAAAUUCUUUCCCAAUUAUUCGUUUAUUCGUCAGUGUUUUGAUCAGGGUCGUGAUCCAUUUUUGAUCAAGUAUCAAGGACCGUGUGUGUACAUGACUACAAUGCAAAGUCACCAUUGGUCAUUGACCUCAUGAAUUAUUAAUGAGUUUGAGAAGGGGCAGGUAGGGAGUGGAAAAAUAAUUGUCAGUUAGACAAAUCUCACUGCUAUGCAAAACGAUUUGAGUGCAGAUAAAAGGGCCUGUUAAUAAUGAUUGAGUGUAUAUUUUAAGUAAUAUAUACAAUAUGAGUGGCCGUGUUGUAUCAGAUACACAAACUCGAGGCGUACUCAUACUGUAUGUAAUAUUUAUCAAACUCAUUAAUAAUGCAUGAGGAAAACAAAAUAGAAAUCAUGACCGGGAAGAGUUUUAUAAUUCUGAUACUGAAUCAUAUCAAAAUCAAUCAGUUCAAUGCUGGACUUGAUCAAAACAGUCAAUGUAUGAACACAUCAAUUCAACCUCGAUUUCUCAGAAGUGGGUCCAGGAUUUCGUUCAGGGAGGGGUGUUGCGCACAAUGUUAACCCGUGGAGGGGUGCACCCCUUAGAAUUAAAGGCAAAAAACAGUAUUGGUUAUCUUCGAAGUAGGAGCACGAAGUGUAACCAGGGAGGAGUGUGCGCACCCCCUGCACCCCUCCCCUGGAUCCGCCCCUGUUUCUUUUCAUGGUCACUGAACAAGAUCAUCAACAAAAUCAAAAACACAGUGAUGCAAAAAUAUCUCAUAUUUAAUGAAUAUUUCACGCUCCAAGGAAAAUACUUGUACAUUUGACAAAAUGUGUAUUAUUUAUGACUAAAUAAAAUUAUGCCAAAGAAA